AUGAAGAACAACCUGAUGCUCUCACUUAACAACGCCAAGGACUACCUGAAAAGCCGAGACGAAAAUGGACAAUCCGUGUACAAGCACAUAUGUGACGUGAUAAAUUUUAUCAUCGUGGAGAAGCCAGAAAAGUCUUAUGAGCAUUUUGAAAUGAUCUCUAGUCAUAUAAAGGAAAGUAAGAAGGGGGACUCUGUUUUGGCUUCGUCUUCCGCAUCAUAUGCCUCUUCAUCCCACCGCGCAAGGGGCAAAACAUCCAAAGAUUCCAACUUGAGGGACGUCAAUUUAGACAACUACAUACUGCACAACUAUAUAAAAAACAAAAAGGACUGGCUAGCCAAAAUAAAAUUCUCACUCCAGCAGAGAGUGCAGCCUAAACGUAUCCAGUUACCUUUUUUAAAAAAUUUUUACGAGCAAGCCAAAUUAAUUAACUGGGCAGGAUACCACAUAGGGAGCGAUUCUGUUUGGCUCAUCAAUAAAUCCGUGAAAGAUGUCCUCGAAAAAUAUAAAAAUGAAUUGGUGUCCCUACAUUUCUGGGGAAUACUCAAAGGCGUAAAGAACGACUACUACAUUUUGGAAGGGCUUCUAAAGGAAAACUCCAGCUUCCUCUUUCAUAGGAAAGGGAAAAAAUCGGCACCUUCGGAGGACUCGAAUGGAGAGGAGUCCUCAAGCAGCGGAGGGCCCGCAUCAGGAGAGGGGGGGAAACAGGAAGAGGACGACGAGGAAGAUGACGAGGAGGAGGACAAAGAGAACGAUGAAGAAGACGACGAAGAGAACGACAAUGACGAACAGAAGAGGGACCGAAAUAAGAACCACAGAAAAUCCACAAAGCGGAAGGGGAAAAAUAAAUCAACGGAAAACCACCAUCUGAACUACAAGAAGGAAGACUUUGUCACCUUCAACAGGAGGGUCAAUAGACACGUCUACUGGGCGUCCGUGAACGGAACGGAUGAAUGGGUUCUCCUAAAACCUACGACUCCAGAGUACAUUCAAAUGGCUAGUAAGACGAAUAAAAUGCUGACAGGACAUAUGAACAAAAUAAUAACCGCCUUCCCAAACAUUGCCAUAAAGGAAAAGCACUAUCUCAGAGCUCUCAUUUCACUCAUAUCGUCCUACACGCACAUAUCGCCUAGGAAGUAUUACAUUACCAGAGGGGCAGAAAAAAAACAGGCAGUUGGGAAGGGAAAAAAGCGAGGGAAAAAUCGAAACAGCGAUGAAGAUCAAGAUGAAGAGGGAGAUGAAGAGGAAGAUGAACUGGAUUACUCCGAUGCGUCUAACGAAAAAAGUGACGAUUCUAGCGAAACGAAAGAUGAAAAUGAAGGUGAUGAAAAUGGUGAAGAAGAGAAGGAGGGAGAUGGAGACAGACCGAACGGAGAUCUUGACCAUGACAACCACGAUGCUGGGGAUGAUAUCCUAAUAGAAAAUAAAAAGUUCCAAUUCGAUGCAAAUGCUCUUUCACGCCUAGAAAACUGGGUUCACUGCAAACAUAACUUCCUGCCAAAUGGACAUGUCUGCUACCCCAAAGAUAGACGCAGGAAAAAUGGGGGACACGCAAGUAACGCCAAAAUGAGACACAUUAUUAAACAUAACCCCCCUUUAAAAAUCCUAAGAGGCAUUAAUGCACAAAAAGAAAACCAAGUUCCUCCCACGUGGAAAGUGAAGCACCUCAAUCCUGGCCACUACUAUGGAGCUCAUAGUCUCCACUACGACGUAAUAGUCCUAUACAAUUUUAUAUUUUAUGGCGCCUUUACUGUUUACUCAAAUAAGCAAUUUUUUAACUUCUACAUUGGAAAUGGGAUAAAAUCGAAGCACUCGUUUAUUCAUACUUACCAACCUGGCAAAAUCGAAUCGGACGAGAGUGAGUUGUCUGAGGUGGACCACUCAAGUUGA